AUGAUGGCAUUGACCGGCGCACGGCAUGUGCGCACUUGCAACGACCAGUGUCCACGAGGCUCUAGCUGCAUUCAGGGAAUCUGCUGCAUACAUCCAGUGUCAUGCAAUCAUUUCGCUUACAGGUACGGUAUCAAGUCCAUAUCUAUGAAGAAUGUGAAGUGUUGA